AUGGAGGAAGAGCUGAAAUGUCCCGUGUGCGGCUCUCUGUUUCGGGAGCCCAUCAUCCUGCCCUGUUCCCACAAUGUCUGCCUCCCUUGCGCUCGCACCAUCGCGGUGCAGACCCCGGACGGCGAGCAGCACCUGCCCCAGCCGCUCCUGCUUUCCCGCAGCUCGGGGCUGCCCGCGGGCGCAGGUGCCGCUCCCUCUCUGGAGCACGACGCGGCGGCGGGCCUGGCCUGCAGCGGUGCGGGCGGGAGUGCAGCUGGCGGUCUUGGCGGCGGUGCGGGAGGUAGCGGAGACCACGCGGACAAACUGAGCUUGUACAGCGAGACAGACAGCGGCUACGGAUCCUACACCCCGAGCCUCAAGUCCCCCAACGGGGUUCGUGUGCUGCCCAUGGUGCCCGCACCACCCGGCUCCUCAGCCGCCGCGGCCCGCGGUGCCGCCUGCUCCUCGCUGUCCUCGUCUUCAAGCUCCAUCACGUGCCCGCAGUGCCACCGCAGCGCCUCUUUGGACCAUCGCGGCCUGCGCGGCUUCCAGCGCAACCGGCUGCUCGAGGCCAUAGUGCAGCGGUACCAGCAGGGCCGUGGGGCGGUGCCGGGGGCAUCUGCAGCGGUGGCGGUGGCCAUCUGCCAGCUGUGCGACCGCACCCCGCCAGAGCCAGCAGCCACGCUCUGCGAGCAGUGCGACGUCCUCUACUGCUCUGCCUGCCAGCUCAAGUGCCAUCCAUCCCGGGGACCCUUCGCCAAGCAUCGCCUGGUGCAGCCGCCACCGCCACCCGCGCCCGUCGAGACAGCCUCUGCACCCACUGGCGCCACCCAGGGCGCCCCCAGCGGAGGCGGGGGCUGCAGGAGCCCGGGAGGUACGGGGGCCGGGCCGUCUGGGGGCAGCACGGCCCGCAAGUUCCCCACGUGCCCGGAGCAUGAAAUGGAGAACUACAGCAUGUACUGCGUGAGCUGUCGAACCCCUGUGUGCUAUCUGUGCCUGGAGGAGGGCCGGCACACCAAGCACGAGGUGAAGCCACUGGGGGCCAUGUGGAAACAGCACAAGGCACAACUAUCUCAGGCCUUAAACGGAGUUUCAGAUAAGGCAAAGGAAGCAAAGGAGUUUCUGGUUCAGCUGAAGAACAUACUGCAGCAGGUCCAGGAAAACGGACUGGACUACGAAGCCUGCCUGGUUGCUCAGUGUGACGCCCUUGUGGAUGCUUUAACUCGUCAGAAAGCCAAGCUGCUCACCAAGGUGACUAAAGAGAGGGAGCACAAGCUGAAGAUGGUUUGGGACCAGAUCAAUCACUGCACAUUGAAGCUGCGCCAGUCCACUGGACUCAUGGAGUACUGCCUGGAGGUGAUCAAGGAGAAUGACCCCUCUGGGUUCUUACAGAUCUCAGAUGCUCUGAUCAAGCGUGUCCAGGUGUCUCAGGAACAGUGGGUCAAAGGCGCCCUGGAGCCGAAAGUGUCUGCGGAGUUUGAUCUGACCUUGGACAGCGAGCCGCUACUGCAGGCCAUCCACCAGCUGGACUUCAUUCAGAUGAAAUGUAGGGUGCCACCUGUCCCCUUACUGCAGCUGGAGAAAUGCUGCACCCGAAACAACAGUGUCACGCUGGCUUGGAGGAUGCCGCCCUUCACCCACAGCCCCGUGGACGGCUACAUCCUGGAACUGGAUGAUGGCGCGGGGGGUCAGUUCCGGGAAGUGUACGUUGGUAAGGAGACUUUGUGUACCAUCGACGGUCUUCACUUCAACAGCACCUACAAUGCCCGAGUGAAAGCUUUCAACUCUUCCGGUGUCGGGCCUUACAGUAAAACCGUCGUCCUGCAGACAUCCGAUGUGGCCUGGUUCACAUUUGACCCCAACUCUGGGCAUCGGGACAUCAUUUUAUCCAAUGACAACCAGACGGCCACCUGCAGCAGCUAUGAUGACCGGGUGGUGCUCGGCACGGCCGCAUUCUCCAAGGGCGUACACUACUGGGAGCUGCACGUGGACCGGUACGACAACCACCCAGACCCCGCCUUCGGGGUGGCCAGGGCCAGCGUGGUCAAGGACAUGAUGCUGGGCAAGGACGACAAGGCCUGGGCCAUGUACGUGGACAACAAUCGCAGCUGGUUCAUGCACUGCAACUCCCACACCAACAGGACGGAAGGCGGCGUAUGCAAAGGGGCCACCGUCGGCGUGCUGCUGGACCUGAAUAAGCACACCCUGACCUUCUUCAUCAACGGGCAGCAGCAGGGCCCCACAGCCUUCAGCCAGGUGGACGGGGUCUUCAUGCCAGCCCUCAGCCUCAACCGCAAUGUGCAGGUCACCCUGCACACAGGAUUGGAAGUGCCCACUAACCUGGGGCAGCCAAAGCUGUCAGGCAAUUAGCCCCAUUCCAGCUCGGCACCAUGCCUGUGACGGUGGCAUUCACAGGCAAAACACCCAACAUUCUCACUAGGCUCAAAUAACCCACAAAAGCAGGAUACGCAAGUCAUGGGUGCAACCUGGCAGCAUGGAAUGUCGUAGAGACACAUUUUCUUGGGGGCAUGGGGAAUGGGUCCGCAGGCUGUGCCCCCGGCCGCCACAGUUGGUGGUAAAGGCAGGUACAUGUGCCACCCUUAUUCACCCAGACAUCACUCUUCAAGAAGGACCUUUCUCAAGGGAGUCAGCAUUUGGGCUUCAUGUCUAAGUUUCCUGCCAUCUGUCUUCAAAACUUGCUUUAUUUUGGAGGGAGAGGAAGGGAGACUUUGAGACUGGCCUCCUGAAAGCAGCAAUCAGCAGCUACGCGGUCAUCCCACACCCCGGGUGUUGGCCCUCUGCUGGGACCCGGCCUCCUCAGAGUCCCGGGGUUGCAGAUUCUUGUCAUGCUGAGAAAGUUCUCCCCUACUUCUUGGUCCUGGAGUCUUUAGUAGCACCUGCCACUUGCAGAUCCAAUGCAGGAUUGAUAGAAGGGGACAUUGAUCAUUCAUGCCUGACUUUUGCCUCUCUCACUGAAGUGCUGAGAACCUUUAAAAAUCGCUUCCUUUAUUAAUCAGCCAAUUGCAUUCUUUCUCUUUCUCUCCCUACUCCCUGUGUCUUUUCUUUUUCCUCCCUCCUUCUCUCUCUCUAAUCCUCUCUCUCCUUCCCUCCCUCCCUCGCUCUUUCUUCCUUUUCUCCUUUCUCUUUCUUUCCUUCAUCCCUGCAUCCCUGUCUCUUCCCUCUUUCCCUUUUUCUCCCUCCUUCUCUCUCUCUCUCACACACACACACACGGACACACACAAGCAUGACAGUCUCCUAACAUUAAAUCACUCAAUUCUUAGUUCUUUUUUUUUUAGACGGGGUUUCACCAUGUUGGUCAGGCUGGUCUUGAACUCCCAACCUCAGGUGAUUCGCCUGCCUUGGUAUCCAAAGUGCUUGGAUUACAGGCGUGAGCCACCGCGCGCAGCCCAAGUCUUAGUUCUUAAAUGCACAUGAAAACACGAAAAUUUUAACAACUAUGUGAUAAGUCUUCACCUGGUGGUGGCUCCUUUCUGAAACUGGCAACUCAAGAAGUUAACUGAAAACGCAUCCAAAUUGCUCUUCUGAGCUGAACCACUCGGAGACUCACAAGCAUGUAAGAUGAAAGACCCUGGGAAAGCCUCUCCUAGUCAGUCCACCCUAUCAUCAUUAUGAAAGCAUCAUGAACACAAGUGGCCCCUGUGGCAGGCAGGGAGGCUCUGCCCUGAUGGGGUAGGCGGGACCUCUGGGAAAGGCAGAAAAUAGAAGGGCAGUAUCAGGCACCUUGUCCCCCAGCUUCCCACUGUAAGACUGGGUGUGCCAAGUCUGACCUGCCAGGGUGGGGCUCUGGAAACACCAGCCUUCUCCCUCGAGAUCCACAUUGAAUAAUGAGCUCAUGGGAGGGGCUCUGAGCCAGGAGCCUGCCGGGGGUCCUGCUCCCAGGGAACCCUUCCUCUCUUCCCUCCUCUCACCUUCCCAAUCUCCUGCCACCUCCAGCUCCACCUGGUAGCAACAUUUCUGUCUCCUUUUAAAAAGAAUACAUUUUGUCAAGCAUUUUCUUUCUGAGGCUGAGAAGUAACUUGUCAAUUUGCUGGACUGGAUUUUUAUAAAAACUCACCCCGUACACCGGCACUGACUGUGCGUCCUCGGUUCUGCCUUCCUGUUCAGACACCACGCCUGCUUUCAAAACCGCCUGCGGGGGCCACCCAGGUCCUCCCUUGCCCUUCAGCAGGACCGACAAUCCUACCUCAAAGCUCGUGCUCUUGGUCUGCGAGGCUCCUGGUCCGCUGUCUUUGCAGAUGUGGCUGGCAAGGCCAGCUGCCCCAUCUCUAGGAGCUGCCCGGUGCUGUGUUGCAGCCUUUGCUGCGGAGCCAGCGAGCCAUCUGCUUCGUGGAAGUCUACGUCUUGCUUCUUCCUUGUCAUCCCACCAAGUGGUUUCUGGCUCUCCUCCUCCCAUCCCAGAGCCCCGUCCAGAGCCCUUGGAGGUAACACACAAGAUCUGGUACCCUGUGUCCUCACCCGCACAGCUGCCUCUGUCUCCCAUCUUCCUGCAGCUUCAUCCUUAGCCAUAGCUCUGGGUGGCCAUGGCUUAGAGCACAGGGGAGAUCCCCAAAGAUUGGGGAUGAAGAGGAGCCACCACUUUCUUGAGGCUGAGAAAGCCAUCAGCUUUGGGAAGUGUCUAGCUCUCUUCUGAAGAAAACAGGCCCAUACCCUGCCCCCGGAAUGAGAGCGGGCUAUGCAGGGCUGCCCGUGGAGAGCAGCUUCUCAGAGGGGAGCCCUGGGAGGGCUGUGCAGCCUCCUGCAUCACCACAGCCUGGGUCACCAGGUGGCCCCUGCUCUGCAGAGGAAUCAGGAAUUGCUCAUCACUGGAGUACGAGCUGCCUGGGGCUACCCUGAAACUAACCCCUUUCAGGGAGCAGCAUCCAGGUCAGGAGAGAUGUGGAAAAUGCAGGAGAAAAACGUCCACAACUCUGAUGGCCUCGUUCAGAAGAAAGUUCCCUGAAGUCCAGAGAGGGGCGGCCAGGACUCCCUCUUCCCCACUGCCUCCCCGAGCCUGGGGACUGGGAAUCUCCCUUUUCUGACUCCUCUAGGAGCCCAAAAGCAAUACGGCUGAUGCCAGGGACAGCAUCUAGCGAUCCCUCACAGACGCCUCUCCCAUCUUCAGCACAAAACACCUUCAAUGUUCUGACUUCAAAGAGAAGGGCAGGUCUGUGCCACACACUUGUGUUUUUGAGGGAUCAGAAAAGCGAAGAAGGAUCUUAUCAAUUCUUCAUGGCCAGGAAGGUCAUGGCCAGAAUAGAAAUGACAGACAGCUCAUGGAAUUCUCAUCCACCAUUGAAUUCUGUAACAUGUUACAUCAUGGUGGCAUAUUUGUACAUAUAAAUGAUAUGGAGAUGAUGCUUUUGUUGGGCUGGCUGAGGAGUAAGUUGGUGUAAAUCUACCAAGCAGUUUCAGUGAAAAAGGAAUUCAAAGUAGUUUAAAAACGUCGAGUUCCAUUGCAUUGUAAAUACCGCCUCUGUGAUGUGCUUCUGCAGUCGUUCUUUGCUAGUGAGCAAGUUUGGUCAAAGUGUAUGCCUUUCCUUUUCAAAUUAACCUCUCUUCAAAAAUAUCCACUAGCACCUCACUGCAUACGUAGCAUCCCAGCUCCUAAUUCAAAGCGGGGGAAGUAUUUCCCCAAAGGCUGCUUUUCCCCUCUCUGUUCUCCUUGGGAAAAUCAUGAUUUCAAUUAAAGAGGACAACAGUAAUACUGACCCACAAUGCAACUGACCUAAAAAUAUAAACCUGUAUAUAGUUCCAGGCUGCAUCUUCAGCCUGAUAUGUACUUUGUAGUUGCAACAGUGCCCUAGGUGCCCUAUGGCCCACCAAGUUUGGGGAGGGUGGUGCUUUCCGGAUUGAGCCUGGGCAGAACCAGUGGAGCUCACCAAGAGAGCUGGGGGCAGGCCCACCCUCCUCUUUGCCCCCUUUCUCUCCCUCUUGACGCUCCUGCGCUCCACCCCACCACAGCACUCUCAGGAAAGGAUCAGAAUGCAGGAUCUUUGUGUAUUUCUUCCAGGGAUAUUUGCAUUUAAGCCUUAAUUCUAAUUGCAAGCGAAAGGCUUGGUCCCCCUGGGAAGGCGCAUUUCAGCACCUACAGACAGGUGGCUCAGCAUCAGGGAGGCUGCUGCCAGUCCCAUGACCACCUGCUGGCUGUGAGGUAGUGAGGGAGGGUCAGUCCUUAGGGGGACUCAACAUAUGCAUGCUGAAGAACACUGUUGCACAGCCUGUGGGGUGGCACACAGGGUUUCCCAACCUCUACUGACAUUUUGCAGUAGGUCCUGUACACUGUAGGAUGUUUAGCAGCGUCUCUGGUCUCUCUCUACCCAUUACCUGCCAGUAGCAACCCCCACAUUAGCUGUGACAACCAAAAGCAUCUGUAGACAUUGCCAGAUCAUCUCCUGGGGCCUCCACAAGUUGAGAACCACCAGGUUAUGCUAGCGGUUUGUCAUGGGUGGAUCUGUGGAGGGACUGUGGCGAUCUGACUGCAUUACUCCAUAGAAAACCCGGAUAUGACAAGGCUGCCAGCCUUUAUCUUGACACCCAAGCCCAGUUUUUCCAAAGGUCUUCAGGGGGCAGGUAGGGGAAACUGGGGUGAGCCACACCCAACAGACGCUAACCUGUUGGGUCUCGAAAUUUGACUCUCUGGAGAUGUCCCCAACCCACUCCCCCAUUCCUAGAAAGCAAAACACGUGAACUUUGUUUUCCUUGGCCACAUUUUACUGGAAGCAACAGAAACUUCUUAAUGGUUUGUGGCCCUCAGUUGGUUUUUUAAAAAAUCUAACAGACGUUACUGGCAAACACUCAAGAUCUAUGGUGAUGCUGGGAAGUUUCAGGACUUUUCUUCUGCAAGUGAGCGGGUGGCUGUGUUUGCUAACUGCAUUCUUUGGCAGUUCCUCCUGGAAGAUCACAGGAUCCUGCAGCUUUAAGUGUAUCUGGGCUGUAAAAAUAUGAGGGCACGUUUCAGGCUGGAUGUAUUGAUCAGACACCAAGUUCAUCCCUCAGUUACUUCCCUCUUUUAGCCUGGCUUUAAUAGUGAUUCAUGGUAUGGGUGGGGGCCAAUCUCUUAACCUUUCUGUGCCUCAGUAUCCCCUCCUGAAAUGGGACUAGUCAUACUAACCUACCUCCUCUGAUGUAUUGUGAGGAUUAUAGAACAACACUUUUUAAAGAAAAAAGUGCAGUCUUUCAUCUCUGGUAUCUAAGUUAAUGACUCCCACUCAGUGAAUCACACCUGUGAGGGGUUUCUAGUGUUCUCUGACCAGUGUCUUCCAACCAUGCCUCCUUGUGACCAGGGUAAAGGAGCUGCCUGGCUGUGAGCGGGUGAAACAGACCUUUAAGACCGGUCUCCUAUGAGCAUAGAAAGUAACACGCCGUAUGUUCCCAUUCCCGGUGAGGCUGGUGUGAACAGACCACCUGUCAGCAAUCUCACUGCUAGGCCUCAAGGCCUCUGUGGGUGGAAACCCCCUUAAACCGAGGAAGGACAUUAACCCAGGCCUCUGCCUUCUCUGUUACUUAAGUUCUGGUAUCUGAGGGGUCUCUCAACCCAUAGCUUGUCUCCUUUCUUUCCAAAGGUCUCUGCAGUGUGAGUGGUUUUGAAAUCCAGUACGGACAGUGUGAAGAGAUGCAACUGAGCUGAAGUUUCGAAGGCUGGUUGGGCUAGUGGGUCAUCACGUCACUUUCAGAUGACUGGUAACCACUGGGCCUUCACCAGCACAGGCUAUGCAGGUUGGGGGAGACCCUGGCUUUUUCAAUGAUUGACGUUGACAUCAGUCAGGAGCUGGGAGUUGAGACCUCCAGGAAAGUCUCGUCUGGGGCCAUCACUCUUCUCUCAAGGAGUGCAGUCCUGGGGAGGGCCCAGGGACUCGUGAGCCAGUGACGCAGGUGCUGCAGACCAGGCCAGGCCCUCGAGUAAAGCACUGAGGAGAGGUCAAAACCAGUCUUCAGGUUUGGGAAGGUGACUGCGGGCAACUGCCGUAGCAGGAAUGUGCAGGUACUUACUGGGUGAGACCCAGCCUGGGAAGCCCAUCCAGCUCCUCCCAGCCCUGGAAACUGGACAUCCAGAGCCCCUGGCUUUCUCAGCACCCAGAGGAAGCAGGGAGCGGGCAAAGCAGAAAACGUUCAAUGCAUGAUGUAGGAUUGCUGCCUUGGCACUAAGCUGUUGUAUUAAGCAUGAGAGGUGUUUGUUUAACGUUGGCAAAGGGGUUUAACAAGAAACAAAAAGCUUCGUGUCCUUGUUUUGGCCGUCGACAGAACUCCCAUUUUCUUACCUUUCUCUACCCCCAUUUCUCCUUCUCCCUCCUCCUCCCCCUUGCACCCACUUUUGGUCACUGGUUGUUGGUAUUUGGUGGCAGCUCUUGGUCCUGUUACUGUUGAUGUUCCACUGAAAACCUGGGGGUGGGGGGGGAAUGGGAAGGAAAGCAACUUUUUUCUAAUUUUUGUAUUGGUAUCCACAAGCGUUUGUAUUUUUUGAAUUGCAAACACUGUGUUUUCUGGUCUUUGGGGGUUGAUUGAACUUUCUGUAUUACCUUUUGGAAAACCUGAGUUUUACCACAGUCUUAAGCAGAUUUGAAAUAAAUUCUUUUGACACUGCCAACAC